AGUUUCACUUUCAGCUUGUUAAAUGACAAUAGCUUUAGAACUAGUUUAAGACUUAUUCGGACAGGUUGCAACAAGGAAAAUGGAYGAGAAAACACCGCUAAUAAUCAAGCCCACAUCGCGCACAAGCAAUGCCAGGCUAUACCUCGCUGUUUUUUCUGCUGUUUUGGGGAAUUUCAAUUUCGGCUAUUCCUUGGUGUACCCCUCCCCAGUGAUCCCUCAACUCAAAAACAGUGAUAACCCCCAAUUGAGGAUGGACACAGAACAGAUAGCCUGGUUUGGGUCUAUUUUCACACUGGGGGCUGCAGCAGGAGGACUUGGUGCCAUGUUUCUGAAUGAUCUGAUUGGCCGGAAGUUGAGCAUCAUGGUGUCAGCAGUCCCCUCAACAGUCGGGUACAUUAUGAUGGGAGGGGCACAGGCUACUUGGAUGCUACACCUGGGCAGGUUCCUGACUGGUAUCGCUGGUGGCAUGACUGCUGCUUCCAUACCUGUGUAUAUAUCGGAGAUCUCCCACCCCAAAGUUAGGGGAGCUUUGGGAUCGUGCCCUCAAAUCACUGCUGUGUUUGGAGCCCUGUCACUCUAUGCCCUUGGGCUGGUGCUUCCGUGGCAGUGGCUGGCUGUGGUGGGGGAGAUCCCAGCUCUGCUCAUGCUGCUGCUGCUGUGCUUCAUGCCCAACUCUCCCCGCUACCUCAUCAUCUGUGGCAAACAGGAGCAGGCCUGCAAGGCCCUGGAGUUUCUGAGGGGGCCCGACUCAGACUUCAUGACAGAGUUCAACAGGAUUGAACUCAGUAUCUCGUCUCAGGGAAGAAUCAGGUGGUCCGAUUUGACAACACCAUUCUACUACAAGCCCAUCCUGAUCUCCAUAGUGAUGAGGUUCCUUCAGCAGAUGACUGGCAUAACUCCCAUCCUGGUGUAUCUGGAGCCCAUCUUCCAGAAGACUGAUGUCUUCCUGGAACCUAAGUAUGAUGCUGCGCUGGUGGGAGCAAUUCGGCUGCUGUCUGUGGUGAUUGCUGCCAGUUUGAUGGACAAGGCCGGAAGGAAGGCCCUCCUCUAUACCUCAGGGUUCCUGAUGUUUCUCGCUACCCUUACAAUGAACAUGUACUCCUACACCACCCCCUGCCCCUCCGGUAACCUGACUGGUACUGUGCUCCCCACAGACCUCAUAGCACAGCAGGGGGAAGCUGCCUUCAACGCCAUCACCCUCAUCCCAUUAAUAAGCACCAUGGUCUUUAUAUUUGGUUAUGCUCUGGGAUGGGGCCCAAUCACUUGGCUUCUGAUGUCUGAGAUCUUGCCUCUGGGAGCACGGGGGGUCGCGUCAGGCCUGUGUGUGGGGGUCAGCUGGUUGACUGCCUUUGUCUUGAGUCAUGUCUUCAUUCAUGUGGUGGAGACCUAUGGACUGUUUGUUCCGUUCCUGUUCUUCUCGGUGGUGUGUGUGGUGAACAUCAUUUUCACCGCCGUGUGUGUCCCUGAGACCAGGAACAGAUCACUGGAGGAGAUUGAGAACUAUUUCCGGACUGGACGCAGUUUCACCAUCAUUGACACAUAGCACCUGUUUGCUGUUGAUUACUGGAGCAUUGUGGACUUAGUGGACUUCAUCAACAUGAGGCAGUCAUUUGUAUGAAUUGAUUUUAUUCAGGUGUUCAGUUCCGGGAUUUAAAUGUUUGUUAAAGCACAAAGACACUGUUCUUGGAUCUUAAUGAUAUAGUUUUAUUAAUCACUCAUACAUACUGUAUAUUUCAUUGUAAAAGGACAUUACAUACAUACACAUGUGAAAAUACCAUGGUCUGCCUGUCAACUUCAUGUACCUGUAACAAAAGGUUAUAGGGAAUGGAGUUCAGACUGUCAAAGUAACACACAGACAAAUGAACCAUAAACCAGUUUCAGAAUUA